AGUACUGUGACCUAACUUGACAUUUAACUAAAUCACCCUGGCUCCCUUCCUCCCCAAAUGGUAGGAGGGCAUGGACAAAAGCAGGAAGUUGAGACUGCUGCAAACAACCAAGGCAGGUGAUGCUGCAAGCUAGAAUCAGGGUAACAGCAGUGAAAUAGUAAGAAGCGGCCCAAGUCCAGACAUAGUUUAAAAAUGUUUCACAAAUGGAUUAAUGAUAGGAUACAAAGGAAGCAGCCAAGAUCACUCCAAGGUCUUUGACUUGAGCAACUGAAAGGAUGGUGUUAACACCGAGACAGUGGAAACUUACUAAGGCAGAAUUGGUUUGAGUGAAAGCGUUUUUUUUUGAAAUGCUAAAUUUAAAAGGGGAGAGAUGCCCAAUACACGACUGCAUUUGUGGAGCUGGAGUUCAGGUAGAGAUAGGCCAAGGAAGACUUCACUCCUAAAUGGUCUUCGCCGGUACCCAAAGCAAAAGCGCCAGCAAUCAGGGUCCCGAGGUCCAGGGAGCAGGACUGGGCUCCGCCGGAGAGAGGAGGCUACAGCGGAGGAAAAGUUGACAAUGGCUUUUCCUAAACCGCCAACUCUGCCCCACGCCUGCCACCUAAGCUCACCCGCCCAAGGUCCAGCAGCCUCACCCCACAGUCCAUCAGUCCGCCGGCCGCUCGGUCCCACUGCAGGAGCGCCGGUUUCCAUGGAACUAAGACAGCGCUUCAAACCAACGCGCUCCCUGGCGCAUUUGUUCGAGUACGCAGGCGCACCCGCGGCAGGGCAUGCCGGGAAUUGCAGUUCUCCCAGCCCAAGCGAGCCCUCGGCCCGGGGCGAAACCCAGGCCGGAAUCCAGCGGCACGCAGGAAACGUGCUGCCCCGUGACCCGGAUGACGACAGUCUCCAUUGUGCUCGAGAGCGGGGUACGCCGGGAUAUGUAGUUUCAGCCCACUCACCUGCUGGCGGUCCUGUAGAGUCACUCGUUUCUGGUGAAAGAGCGGCGUUUUAUUUUGUUAAUGGGCAUAAAAAAAAAAGGGAAAAAUUCAGAACUCAAACAUUUCUCUCGUUAAAGGAAAAACGAAGUACCAUUUCUUCAUCCUUGAUGGCCACAUGAAGAGUAAAACAAAAAAUCUUUUUGUUUCUUCAAUUCUCUCUUGCCUUGUGGAGAAAUCUAAAUCUGUGCGAAGUAGCUAUGGGAAGAGAACAUUGAAAAAAAUAAAAUAAAAUUGCAGCCGUUUCUAAGUUUGACUUUCAGAAUGUGUAUUUGCAUCUAUGAAAAUCUUUUCAUGGUGAGAAAACAACAUGGCUUUGCGUUUUGGUGGCUGGAGAGAACACCUGUGAACGCCAGCGCAAUUGGAGCUUUUCUCUCUUCUUCUUGAGGCACAGCUGAGUACCCCUUAAGCCCUCUAUUGAAAACAGUCUCCUCCCUCCGCACCCCUCCCACCCCGAGGUGAAUCCUCAUUUUCUUAGCAGAUUCCUAACUGAACUGGAUCUGGCUGUUCGGAUUCUUCUGAUCAAGCCUCAGCGGGACAGCGUUCCAUCAAACCGCAGCUGUAAGCUCUAUUCAUCAAACUAGGCAAUACAAUGAAAGAGAAAGGAACACCGCAUUUCACUUGAAGAGGUCAAAAACUUUUAAUAUGGAAGAAGGUGGAAAUGUAUUUUAAAGCCUCAAAGCAAGCAAUUAUUUGCAGUGUGUAUGUUUUUUUUUUUCUUUCUUUUCUUUUUGUAACCAAGAGUGUAGGAUUUGGCAAGAGGGAAAAGGGGCAGAGAAUAGCAAACAGUUUAUUCAUAUGAUGUUGUUUUUCAGAGAAAGUUCCAGGAAAACUUAGCUUGCAACGUUGAACUCAGAAGGGGCCAGACCACCAAAUCCAGGAAAGUUGAAAAAAAAUCAGUCUGACUCAGAUUUUUGAACAAAUCAUGUAUAUUGCUUGAGCAGGAAGAGACCUCCUAUUCCAUUUCUACAUCUCGGACAUGCUUAACAGUUGCUAUAAAAGCCCACGGAAACUGCUUCUCAGGGAGGCAGGUUGUUUAGAGAACUCCGCCUCUCCACUGUCUCCUUUACUUCUCCCACGUAAAUAAAUCUUGGCUUUGAGGAAUUCCUGAUUAAUUGGUAAAAACCCAAGCAAACUGA